AUGCCACCCAGCCUCCGCCACGUGUUGACGAGGACGUGCAAGCCACACUGGGCUCAAUCUCGCCAUAGCAGCCGCAUCCAAGGACCGCGGAUUUUCAAGAGGCUGCCCUUGGACUUUUCCAAGCAGUCACAGUCGCCGGCUCGUACCCGCGUCGCUUCAGACGGGGAGGCCGAGGCCGAUGAUGAUUCGAUAUACACUCAGUGGGCGCGAGUCUCGCCGACUUCGACAAUAAGGAGAUCCUUUUCCGGCAUUCAGCCCACGGGGGUACCGCAUCUGGGGAACUAUCUUGGAGCCCUGCGGCAAUGGAAACAGCUUCAUGAUCAAGCGACCAACCCCAAGUUCUCCGUCGACCAUCACUACGAGCAAUACUUCUCGGUCGUCGACUUGCAUGCUUUGACCUCGGAUGUUCCAGGCUCGGAGCGCUCGCGUCUGAGGCAGGAGUCGUAUGCAUCUCUUCUGGCCAUCGGCUUGAACAAUAACACGAACACUACCCUGUUCUUCCAAUCCGAUGUCCCGCAACAUGCGUCGCUGAUGUGGAUCCUGAGCACUAUCGCAUCUACUGGCUAUUUGUCACGAAUGACUCAAUGGAAGAGCAAAUUGAACCUGCCCGAAAACGCCAAUCUCGACAGUGAUGAGGCCACGGCAAAGCUCAAACUCGGAUUAUUUUCCUACCCUGUGCUCCAAGCGGCCGAUAUCCUCCUCUACCAACCCUCUAUUGUUCCCGUUGGGGAAGAUCAACUCCAGCAUAUCGAGUUCACGCGGACGUUGGCUCGAGGCUUCAACGCCCAUGUCAACCAGAAGAUAUUCCGACUACCAUGGCCAGUAAUAUCCCCGGCCAAGAGGAUCAUGUCUCUAAAACGACCGGAGCACAAGAUGUCCAAAUCCGAUCCAGAUCCAAAGUCGCGGGUGCUGAUCACGGACAGUCCCGAGGAAAUACAUGCCAAAAUCAGGGGCGCCGUAACGGACUCGGAACCGGGCAUCUCUUUCGACCCUGAGCGGCGGCCUGGAGUCUCCAAUCUGGUGGAAAUACUCAAGCACGUCACCGAGUCACGAGAGCCUAGCGAGUUCAUCGCCAAAGACAACGCCGACCUCAGCAUGCGCGCUUUCAAGGAGUUGAUUGCCGACGAAAUCAUUGCAGCACUGAGGGGCGUCCGCGAGCGAUUUCUGGAACUCAUGGCCGACAAGAAUGAAUACCGACUGCGCGACGAGAUAGAAAACGGCGGCGCAAAAGCACGGCGGAAAGCGCGUCUGACCAUGGGAGACGUCUCGCAGGCGCUGGGCUUGACCAACUUGGUCCUGACCCCAGAGGAGGCGGCUCGCAUCCGGGAGCGGAGGCUGGAAAUCGAACGGAGAGAGCUUGGAGCGGGCUUGGAUUUGGAAUUCAACCCAUUUGAAAAUGAGGGCCAGGACAGCGAGGACGAGUUCGCCGACGAAGAGGCCGACGAAGAACGGGACAAGAAGAGUACGCGGCGUCCCGUAUAA